CCCGCUGGCACCGAGGAGUGCACAGCAUGGAGAGCCUAGUAGCAGCAGUCACACGCAAUGGCUGGCAGAGAACCUCUGAAUCCGUAUGCUAUCCAGAGAGGUCUAAGGGAAAGUGGCGGCUACGGCUCAUGUUCACAAGCCGGAAAGGAGACAGGGCAACGAAGAAGUACGGCCCCUUGUGCAACACAGAGCAGGAAGCGCUUUGUGGCAGCCUUGCCUUCAGGUACAGCUGGGAGGGCAGCCAACGUGGUCAGCCCUGCGAGGUCAGCAAGGAGAAUCUAGUCCCACCUGUUGCAGCGGGAAAAUCGCUCAACAGCCUCGGGAUCAUCGGCCGACCACAGGAACGGCAGUUCAAGCGACAGCGGCGGGCUGGCUCCGACGCGACCCGCGCGGAAUUUGCGAUGCAGCAGAUGCUCACCAGCCGCGAAAAACGCUCGAUGGAGCGGGGUUGGAGAAGGAGAGACAGAAAGCUUCGAAAGGCCUUCGAUCAACGUGGAGCCUACCUCGGCGGCCGGAUCAAAGACUUGACGGCAAACGUUGUAGCCAACGAGCAACACAUCAAGCGUCUCCAGGACACCCCCCGGACUGGCCACCUCCCCAGCCUUCUCCUCCCCCUCCCCCUCCCUUCCGUGGAGGACGGUGAGAACGCGGGCGAUAGGACGUGGGCCGAGGACACGGGAAAACCGCCGGAGGAAAAAGUAGCCGAGAAGCAGAUAAUCCGGUUGUGGCAGCAAGCGUACUCAUCGUUGGAGGUGCUGAAAGAGGAGCGGGAGCGCGACGUCAAGCAGCUGGAGCUCACGCGGAAGGCGAACGAGGUUUUGUCCGGCUGCAAGCAUGCAACGGAUGCCGCCGUGAAGGAAGCCGAUGCCGAACGGUUUGACCUGCUCAACGAGGCGUCGUUGGUUCGGCACGAGGCUUCGCUCCUGCGGAUGGCGGCAAAGGUAGCAGGUUCUAGUCCGCAGGCUUAUGCGCCAUCAACGAUCCUGAGGUGGCUCAGAGACUUUCGGAAGGAAGGUGGUUUCAGGCGGGAUGCACGGGGUGCGCACGAGCCGGACUGGAUCAUGUCAGAGGAGGAUCUGAAGAGUGCGUUGCUGGCGUGGAUGAUAUCACAACCGCGUUUCACCAUCAAGGACGUCUGCAAGUACAUCAACGGGCCUCUGCUCCAAGACGACAAGGAGGAUCUUUCCAGGCUCCAUGCGUACCAGGUGAACCUUCCGGUUUCGAUGUCCACGACGCACUCGUGGAUGAUAAGGUUGGGUUGCAGGUACGAGCGGGCCACCAAGUCGUUCUACACGGACACCCACGAGAAGAAGGAGGUAGUCGAGUACCGCGGCGAGUACAUAGAGAAGAGACGCAAGAUGGCGCUGCGUCAACCCUUGUGGGUACGAGUGCAACGAGCCGCUCUCAAGCAGGAGGAGGUGGACCGACUCGACAGCCUUAAGUCGCGAGGCCCGGAAGGAGAUUUCUACGCAGAGGUGUACGACUGCAAGAUCGAUGGACAAGACUGCAUCGAAUUCCACGUAGAUCUCCUGCGCGACGACGGCUCCGUCGAUAACUUCGACAAGCUCCGCGCCGCACUUGGUCCAGAGGGUGGGGACUACAGCGUUCGCUUCGAUCAGGCCGCUGCUGCCCAGUGCGAGUAUUUUCACCCCACGAACAAGUGCAGAUGCGGCAAGAAGGUGCACCACAUCGGGCAGGACGAGAGUGCCUACAAGGCGUAUGCACGCGAGGGCAAAGAGUGGGUGAUUCGAGGGGUGCGCGGACUGCGGAAAAGGACGGAGGGGCCGGGGGAAAUGGUGUCUGGUUUUCAGGACGAAAGACACGGUUUCGGCUUACCUAUUUCGGAUGCCGACCUGGCGGCGGUGAACGCCAAACGCGAUGAGGAGGGGAACGGCAAAAAAACCCUGACGCGAAGCCCUGGACUCCGGUUUCUUGAAUACGGAAAAGGCAAGGAUGGGUGCUGGGGCUACGACCAGUUCGAAGAACAGGUCGAAGACGUGAUGGAUGUCUUGGAGCACAUCGACCCCGACAAGCAAAUAGUGUUCGAGGUCGACCACUCGUCGGGNCCUGACGCGAAGCCCUGGACUCCGGUCGAAGACGUGAUGGACGUCUUGGAGCACAUCGAUCCCGACAUGCAAAUAGUGUUCGAGGUCGACCACUCGUCGGGCCAUGGGAAGCAGCGAGAGGAUGGUUUGCAUGUAUCGAACAUGAACGUCAAGUAUGGGGGGAAGCAAAAGGUGUUGCGGGAUUCGGUCAUGACGGAGGGGUGCUUGGGUCCGGAGGAGGCGAAAAUGUAUUUCGCCAAUGGCAGGUGGAGCACGAAAUUCCGCGAGGGGGCAGUGUGUGUUGACCAGAAGCUGACGGUGGGCCAGACUCAGACUAGCACUUUCGCGGUAGGUGCGCCUCCUCCGUUUUUCGAAUGGGAUGCUCCGCGCAAAGACAAGAAGAACGCGAAGGGGAAGGUCAAGGAAGGGUACGAGGGGAAAGCGAAAGGGGUCAGGCAGUACCUGUGGGAGCGUGGGUGGUGGAAGGACGGCAUGUCAACAGGGGCGGGAGUCAGUGACGAUAUGCACGUGGAAAAGGUUCUGCAAGCCUUGCCUGACUUUAAGAAUGAGAGGACAGCCCUGCAGCACCUGGUAGAGAGUAGGGGACACAUUCUUUUGUCGUCUCCCAAGUGUCACCCGGAGGUAGCGGGGGUAGGGAUCGAGUACUCGUGGGGGUUUUCCAAGCAGAAGUUUCGGCGGAAGAUCAAUGAUGAGGUCCCGAAGCACUUGCACGACAACAUCGAAAAGUCGCUGUGCAUAGACAAGUACUUGACAAUCGGUCGGGUGCGGCGCUUUGCCCGGCGAACACGAGACUACUGCCGGGCUUACCGCGAGAUUGCGCUUCGCGGGGUAGUCAUCAGGAACAAGGAGUUCAUCGAGAAGAUGCGCAAGAUCCAAAAGGCCCACCGCAACAUUUUGGACAUGGAAACUAGUUUUCUUGGCGACCAGUAACAACGUCGGCCGGCCGAUGGCGAGGGGGGGGGGUCUCGAGUUGUGUGUGCAUGUUUUGUUUUUUUCUGCGAGAUAAACGGGUGUGGCGGGGGUGUGUUUAAUGAGACAGGUUCAAGCUGUAGUUUGCAUCAUUUUUUCGGUAAGGUUAACCGGUGCGAGAAGUUGUGUGUGUGUGUGUAGGUUGAUGUGUCUGUCAGUUUGAAUGUUGUUUGUAGAUAAGCGGGUGUUUUUUAACCGCUGUCAAUCAACGAAGUGUUUUUGUUUUUUGCACAAGGAAACGUCAACUUUUGUGCGAUUUUGUGCAACACAUUUGUCAUGCGUUUUUGGAGCGCUUACCUUCAGAUUACAACCUCUUGCAUGUGUGUGUGUCACGUCAAUACGAUCGAUAAGCACCCACACCUACCUGUCCAACCAAAGGAGUACAGUCAGCAUCUGAUCUGUGCGCCUCUUGCCAUCAGGCCGCUUUCGCGCCCCUUUUCUCGGGCUGUGAGGCCUUCAUUUUCCUACACAAUUUCCGCCCCUGCACCCAGGUAUCGAGGUCAUUACGCAAUUUGCUAUUUCCGAGCCGGUUUUCACGAAUUAGAAGCUGAAAUUUUGAUAUGUAAUUGGGAGUGGUCAUACAAAUGCCCCCUAGUCAGCUGCCGUUUAUUUAUUUCUUUAAGCCACAAAAAUCCCUAUGUUAGGAUUCUC